AUGACGCAACCAUCGGCGUCCCAGAAAAAUCCAGACCUACCUCCCGAUUCAUCACAACAUAAUAUCGCUGACGAGCAAGAUAUCAUCCAAUUUUUCCAAUCCCAUCAUUUGUCGCAAUAUACCGACCGGUUCCUCGAGGAAGGAUUCGACCAAAUACGAUCGUUGUACGAAGUGACUGAAUCCGAUUUAAUUUACAUGGGCUUGAUUCAACGAGCCAUUGCAAAUGCGAAAGGCGUGCCACCCAUGGCGCCUUUGAUUAUUGAUUAUGGUUUCGGUGUAGUAAAUGAUCAACCUUAUGGAAAUCCCAUUGUCUACGCGAAAUUCAAUUCUCAAGUCGAGCAAACGCCUCCACCGGCCGUACACACGACAAGCAGCGGGUUAUCUUCCAAUGAGGACGAUGGGAGUGCUGGUGAAAGUACACCAUCUCGGACGUGGAAGAGAAAGUAUCAGCGACAUCCUAAACCGGAUCAGCACGCGCCUGUCAAACCGUCGUCCGCCUAUGUCAUGUUUUCCAACCAAGUGCGAGCGGAAUUAAAAGAUCAGAACAUGUCGUUUACCGAGCUGGCGAAAAUUGUCGGCGAGCGAUGGAAACAUCUCAGUCCUACCGCCAAAGAACGUUACGAACGCAACGCCAUGCUGAAAAAAGAAGAAUACAUCAUUGCAAGAGCAAAAUACGAACAAACCCAGGAAUAUCAGGCCUACCAAGACUACCUGGACUCGUUUCGUGCCAAACAUGAAGGAUCCGGCCGUUCAGGUAAAACGAGAACUUCAGCUUUGUAA